AUGACGUAUGCAGCGGAGAGGGCUGCCGGGGUUGCGGUAUUGUCUGGGGUGAUCCAUGUCUCUAUGAGGGCAAGGAACUGGAGGGACAGGAGGGAGGCAUAUGCUGUGAUGCAGUCAGCCUUUCUGCGAUCUCUUUUGAUAAAGAAGCAACAGAGGAGGAGAGCUGACAACCAAAUGGUGACAGCCAACCAUGAUGUUCGGCCCAAAAACAGCAGGCAGAGAGCCAGAGCAGAGGAUACAACACCCCUGUUCAACCAGUCCCAGACCACUUCCCUCAAACCUUUUUAUGACACUCCACUGGAGGAGAUAAGCCUGGGUCAACUCAACAUCACAACUCAGAGGGUAGCAGAUGAGAGAUCCAUUCAAAAGCCCCUCAUCACAAGGAAAACGGAAUUGGAAACUGAUAGCCAAUUAGAAGAUAAAACAAUUACAAAAAAGGGUAUAAGAAAAGUGUUGGAACAGGAUGAGGAGAGGGAAGGCGAACAGAAACCUUCAAAGAAGAAAGACAGGGAGAAAGCACGACCCAACGAAAAGAAAGAGAACAAGCUAGAACAAUCAAGGUGCCGAGUGAGUGAGAGUGAUGAUGAGACAGAGGAAGAAGAGCAAGUGAAUAUGAAAAGUCAGAGAAAGACCAAAAAGGGAAAAGGGAAGAGACACAAUCUUGUGCCUCUCAAUGCCAAUCAUCGACAUUCUUGUUCUGACAGUGAAUCCAUUGGAAGGUCCUCACCCCUGUUGACAGAAGAUCUGGAAGAGUUUGCCCUGCUCCCAGCUCCAAGAGACUUCACAGUUCAGUGCAGGAUUACCCGAGACAGGAGAGGCAUGGAAAAAGGAAUGUACCCUUUCUACUACCUCCACCUAGAGAAAGAGGAUGGAAAAAAGGUGUUUUUGAUGGCAGGCAGGAAGAGGAAAAAAUGCAAAACGUCCAACUACCUCAUCUCAAUUGAUCCAACAGACCUGUCCAGGGACACAGACAGCUAUAUAGGCAAAUUACGCUCCAAUGUGCUCGGCACAAGGUUCACAGUGUAUGAUGGUGGGGAGAAUCCAGAGAAGAAGCCUUUCAUCAAAGAAACAGAGUCACUUCGCCAGGAGCUUGCAGCAAUCUGUUAUGAGAAGAAUGUGCUGGGGUUUAAGGGUCCCAGGAAGAUGACCGUGAUUAUUCCAGGCAUGAGGGAGAAUGAUGAGAGAGUCAGCAUUCGCCCCAAAAAUGAGCUGGAGACUCUACUCUGUCGACAUGAGAAUGGGAAUACUGAUAACCUUGUAUGCCUGAUAAACAAGUCCCCGAGCUGGAAUGAACAGACACAGUCUUAUGUGCUCAACUUCCAUGGCCGUGUUACACAUGCUUCAGUCAAAAACUUUCAGAUUGUUCACCCGGACAAUGUGGACUACAUUGUGAUGCAGUUUGGACGUGUGGCAGAAGAUGUGUUCUCCAUGGACUACAGUUUCCCACUCUGUGCACUGCAAGCCUUUGCCAUAGCUCUCUCUUCCUUUGACGGGAAGCUGGCUUGUGAAUAA